AUGCUUCUGGUGCUCUUGACAGCUGCUCUUUUGCUGUACAUUGCGCACACUGCCAUAAAGCAUCAGGAGGAAGUAGAAAAAGUAAAGGGCCUUCAGAAAGAGAUCCGCAAUCUGAAGAAAGAGAUGCAGGAUCUGCGGGCGCAGGUGCAGAAGUACAAAGGAUACGAAAGAAACUUCUAUAACCUAAAGAAGUCAUACUUUGAUUUGCUGGACAAAGCUGUGAAGCCCAGAAAGAAGAGUGAGUAG